AUGAUUCAUGGUCCUAAUUCUUAAUUUUCUGGCGCUUUCACUAUAGGCAAAAGAUAUGAAUGUGCCAUAUACCAAACCAAUCCAAAUCCUGGACCAAAUCAUUAUUCAGUAAAUCCCAUAGAUAAACCUACGGGAUAUAAAUUUUCUAAAUCUAACAGGAAACCACUUUAUUAAGCUAGUGUAGCCCCUGAUCCUGGGACUUAUGACUCUAAAUUGCAGGCAAUUAUUAGUAUAACUUAAUUAGGCAAUCAUACCUCACACAUCCUCAGUCAAAUUUACUAAAGCAAAGGAGACAUCUCCUAAAGAAACCGAGAUUGGCCCGGGAUCAUAUAAUUUAUCUGA